AUGGAUACAGUUCUAUAUCCACGACAUAUGGAUGUGAGUACAGUUCAUGUCACGGCCACCGUUGCGCAGUCUCCGACGUCUCACCAAGACGCAAACGCAUCCAUCCCCUCUUGUAUGCAUCGCUCACCCACAUGUUUACUACAACCAUGGAUGUGGGAUGAAGUGGGGAACGUCAGUGCUCUCCGAGCGUGGACUGUAAGUGUUAGUACCGAACUUCACCAAAUGCUGAUGGUGACUGUCCUAGCCAACCUGAUGUACGUGCCCUUUGUGGCGUGUUCUAUUCCAUUCUUUGUCCUGGUGCCAACUGAGGAGGUAAGAAAUUCACGAGUGGAUUAG